UUGAGCCUCAAAUUCCCCCAUCAGCUCCUCUUCCCUUCUCGCCAUCGUCCCUUCCUCGCCAUGGGCCACAGCCUGCCUUGGCGGCCCCAAACAUACACACCUCAUCUUUCAGUUAUGCAUGCCUUCACAGACUCCACCCUCGGAAUUCCCCUUCGUACGCCUUAUCCCAUCGAUCCCCCCUCCUCUGUUGCCCUUCGAAUGCUCGUCCUUUCCAUUCUACCCCCAAGUCAUCCCAAAUUGUUUGCCGUCCUCAAGGUCCCUCCGCCCACCUGGUUACCAUUCACUCCACAACUCUGCAGCUACUGGCCGCCACUGGGACCUCUACUUCACCCACUCUCCAGCUUUCCUGAGCCUCUACGUCACUUCUUGUAUCGCGUCUAUCGCCCUCUCAAGACCACAACCUUCGCUUAGCAACUUAAAGGAUGCCACCUUCACCUUUCGACUAACAUUUUCCAUCUUCAUCCAGCCUAACCAUUUCCACUUGCUUAUACAUUGGGACCCUUUCCUCACCGGCGAUCCUGACUAUCCAAACUCCCCCCUCUAUUUGCUUUCUGCGACUGUUUGGACCCGAACCAACUACUAUAAUGGGCUAUGGGGCUGUGACGAGUCGUUCUACAAAUUAGUCUCUUGGUGCGCCUUAUGACUGAGGAACGGCCAACCCAAACGGAUCGAGUGUACAAACCCGUCGAAUGGCUACGCGGUUACAAGAAAACGGCUUUCUCUUACCGGCUUCAGCAGGUCUACUUCAUUGGUUCAACAUAUCUCCUGCCACGUAUUGCUUGGGGCUUUCAGCCUUUCCUUUCCGGGCGCAAUGCAUUCCAUCGGAACGAACUACCUUGGGGCUAGACUAUUGUUAUAGGCUCUUUCUGUCGCUUCGCGCACCUUCCAACUUGGGGCAAUCGCUGCGUCCUCUGUCUUAGCCUGC